CCAACGAGCCAGCCACUCCAGGAAGGGCCAGACUCUGCCUCUCUUGGCCACAGCUGUCUGUGCAGCUGAGUGUAUGAAUCCUUCUUCACGGAGUGAGAGGACACUUGAGCCUGUCAGAGAAGUGUGGCCCAUCUUCCAGGAACUCACAGAUCACCUGACAUUGCUGGCUCCUCAAUCCCACUCCAGCUGGACCUUCAAGAAGUUUCCUAAUGGAGUCAGCAGAGACGUGAUUCACUCUAGCCCUUAAGCCGUCAAUGAAAUAUUGGUAUUGAUGAACUAAGGUAAUUUACUUGAAUCGUGGUUAAAAAUCUCUCAUACGUCUGUUUCCAGUUUGGUGAACUGUUUCCCCGCUUAAGCGGUGCAGGACGCUCUCCAUGAAGGUCAUACUUUGCUGUCUAUUUGGAGGUUGGUUUUAUAAGUCUGCUCUUGGAGGUGCUUUCCAGCCGCGAGCUGUCAGGCGGGUGUCAGACCUGGCAGGUACGCGGCGCGCUCCCCCGGGCGCCCCGAGCCCCGGCCGGCUGUCCCGCACCCCGCACCCCGCCGAGGCCACGCGGGCCGGAAAGCCGCCGGGGAAGGAUGAAUUUUUAGACGUCAUCUACUGGUUCCGACAGAUCAUUGCCGUGGUCUCGGGUGUCAUUUGGGGCAUUUUGCCCUUGCGAGGCUUCUUGGGAAUAGCAGGAUUCUGCCUGAUCAAUGCAGGAGUCCUGUAUCUCUACUUCAGCAACUACCUACAAAUCGAUGCGGAGGAAUAUGGUGGCACAUGGGAGCUCACCAAAGAAGGAUUUAUGACUUCGUUUGCCUUGUUCAUGGUUAUUUGGAUCAUCUUUUACACUGCCAUCCACUACGACUUUGCUCCCAUCUCUACUGUCCAGUCCAAAGGACCCUUUUAUUAGAGCACAGAUACACGCUUGUUGGGGCACUCGUGCCACACGGAACUGAGAAGACCCAUGUCUCUUGGAUUUAGAAUCAGCGUGUUGGGCAUCGGCGUUUUCUGCAAGGGUUGUGAAACUUUUCAAAGAACCAUCUGCCUUUGGGGAAGCAUUUCUGAAUUUGUCCAUCAACCAUUUUUCUUGGACACCAUCAUGUAACAGCUCUUUGCCAAGUGGAGCUGCUGUUUAAUCUAAUGCGCCUCUGGAUCCGGAUGAAACAUUCAAUUGUCUUCCUUAAAAAAAAAAAAAAAAUAAGUCUGCUCUUGCUCCUGUGUCCUUGCUUCCCCCUAACAGAGGUUACUGUUUGCCUGCCCAUGAACUCUAACAGUCAGGCGCAGCUUGAAGAAAUGGCUGUUGUCUGGAUUUACAACCGGAAUGCAACCCGGAAAAGCCGAUAGAGGCAAAACCUGGGACAAAUCAGUGCCAAGCACACUAACCACAGUGGAGGACCGAGCAUGCUAGCAUCCCAGAGUCUCCCGGCUAAACUGGACUGUCACUCCUAACCAACUGAGAGCCUGCUUCCAUGCCAGCAUAUCUCUGAUGGUUCAAAUGAUAAGUUCCCUCCUGUCUACAGGAGUGUGGACUGGUUCCUAAAAUAUACUGAGUUACUGCACAGGCUACCUGCUGUUCCCAUACAGGAAGGGACUGGUUCUCCAAGCUUCUGUGCAUCUCGGACCUCUGAUGAGGGUUGGAGACUCCGUGUGCUCUCUCUUUUGCAUACACGUGAAAACACACACCAACUCUUUGGUCAGUGUGCGGAUUUCCAUUGGAGAUUUGGAUGAGAACCGCAGGGCAGCUGGGCCUGGGAACCCACAAGUAACCCCAGCACUCAAGGGCAGAGGGGAAAAAAAUCACUGCAAGUUCAAGGCCAGUUGGGUCUUGAGAUAAGUUUCAGAACAGAUGGGACCAUAUAGCAAGACCUCAACCAAACACACACACACACACACACACACACACACACACACACACACACACGGAGACGGAGACAGAGAGAGACAGAGACAGAGACAGAGAUAGAGAGAGGAGGAGGACUGAGUGAAAAAUGUGUUAAGACACAUAGCUAAUGUAGAACAACCCUGGAUCAGGCCACACAUCUUUCUUUCCUAACAACUUCUUCCAUGAAUGCUGGUGAAAACCGCCCCUUUUAUGCCUAGAGAGUCCAUCCCUGCCUAGAUGGUUUGACUCAGAGAACAAAGAAAGGAAAGAUGUGCCCUUCAUGCUGAGGGACUCUAAGUCAAUGAGAGCAACGGAGGGAGACAAAGACGUGAACCAGCAAGUCAAAAGCAACAGAGAAAGGGAACAGGGAGUAGCCACGACCCCCUCCCUCCCCUCAGAGGAAGACAAGGAAGGAGGAGAACUGGAGACUGGAAUUAGUCACAGAAGCAGUUCUUGAGUGAAAACCCAGUUCCACCACAGGAAGGGAACCGGAAGCUUUUAAGGACUCAUUCUAGGGUUGAAAGUGUGAUGCUUGGGCUGGCUGCUCUAUUCAUCCCUCAGUUCAUUUUCCCACAUCCGGAACCAAGAAAGAGAGCGGAUGAACAGUUUACUGGAAAUGAGGCACUUUUCAUUGGCCUAGAAGUGUCGUGUCUCUGCAGAUUCUCUGUUUCUAGAACAGCCGUGGAAAGCCAGCGGGCCAAGAAGCCACUUCCUAGUCACCUGAUGCAGGGUUACUGAAGUCACACUGCCCUGUUAUGGGAAAAACCAUGAAAGUAUUUCUUAGGCAGAGAGAAAAAUAACAAAAAGGAUUUUUCCAACUUAAAAUAUUUAUACGAACAAGAAUACUGGGCUAUAUCAAUCUAAUGCUCCGUUAAACUGCAAGUCCAGGAAAGCUGCCUUGGGCGACGCCUUGAUGGAACAGCAGAGCUCUGGAAUAUCAAGUUUAUUAAAAAAAAAAAAAAUGGGCAGCCAACACUUGAGGAUAUGUACAUAAUGGUCCCAAGUUCAAGGUUUUGCAUAUGAAGCAUGAGCCGUUGACUUUCCAAAACAACAGGAAAGGAUGUAUACUUUAGAUAGAAGCUUCUGGUUUCUAUCAUUUAAAAAAAAAAGAUUUUAAUACAACUGUCAGACCUGACCCAAUGAUUUAGACAAAUCUAAUCAGUGUUGUAAAAAAGAAAUCGUUGCGCCUUAGACUUUCCCUCUGUGUUUGCAUAUCUAAAGUUCAGAAAGUGACAUUUAAGAAACAUCAAGUUUUCGCAGAAAUAGUCAAGAAUGCACCCAAUUUAGAGUCUUCUGAGGUAACAGCCUGCUCCCAAAUUAGGUAGAUCAGAGCGGUCCUAAUAGCCACAGAAAUAACCUAACGUAUUGCGUGCAAGCC